AUGGCAGACGAGUCACCACCAUCAGUCUCCCCAGGGAGAGCCCUCGGUGCGCCCACCUCGCAUUUCUAUCCCUUCGCCACCUCCCCGGACGUCAUCCGCUCUCACGAAAAGGAUGUCUUCAUGACCGGCAGUCUGGUCCAGCAGGCCCAGGGUAUCAUUCGCUCUUUGCGCGGUGCUCGCUUUGCACACACCCACGCCGAAUCCAUCAAGCAUCUCACCGAGAUCCUCUACUUCUCACUCACGACUGCCAUUGGCAACCGCACGCUCGGCGAGGAGUACUGUGACCUGGUACAGUUGGAAGACGAUACGCUACGACUCCCCUCGAUCACGCGGCGCGUUGGUUACAUCCUGAGCAGCAUCUUAGUGCCAUGGACACUACAACGGUUCCUGCCGAAGCUACGACAGCGCCUGCGCGCUAAGCUCGAGCGCAGCAUCGCGCGACAGCAGAUCCGCUCCGCCCAGCAAAAGUCAUCACCGACAACCCCGCAACCAUUAUUCUCCAAGCUGCGCAUACAGCAAUAUAUCCUCGAACAUCUAGACUCAAUCACCUCUCUGUCCCCGAUCUACGCCCUCAGCAUCGCAACCUUUUACUUUACAGGCUCAUACUACCACCUCUCCAAGCGGCUCUGGAAUCUCCGGUACGUCUUCACCAAGAAAAUCGAAGAUGAAGAGCAGCGCGUCGGCUACGAAGUGCUCGGCGUGCUUCUCGUGCUCCAAAUUGCCGUGCAAGGCUUCCUACACGUCCGCAAGCUGGCGUCGAGCGUCGGUGAGGACCAGAGCACCACAGCGGACGCCGCCGAGUCCCGCUCCGAAGCGGGUGCACUGGUAAAGUCGAUCCAGAACCCCGUCUCCAUGCCUCUUUUGCCGGCGUCGACGCCGAACUACGAUCUUGCUGAGGACCCCGGCGCCGUCUCGUGGAUUCCUGAUGGCCAGCAGCGCAAGUGCACGCUGUGUUUGGAGGCUUUCAAGGAUCCUAGCGUCACUACAUGCGGGCAUGUCUUUUGCUGGGUCUGUGUGCGGGAUUGGGUGCGGGAGAAGCCUGAGUCACUAUGGCUGCGAAAGGGGCAACAGCCUGUAUUUAGCACAACUGCCAAUAACUUCCGCGUUACGGCGGUGGCGGCGAGCAACAGCACCAGCACCGGCUCGGCCGCUAGCAGCACGUCCAGUGCGGCGGCUAUUAAGAUUGCAGCCGGCGGAAAUUAUUAUCUGGUGGGUGCACUGGCCCUGGUUGGUACAGCCGUUGCUACUAUUUAA